UGUACUCCUCGACCUUCUCCGUCUCCAUCCGUCUCUCCCCGGUCAUCCGCCCCGCAGCAGCUCCCCGCAGCCUCCCGCAGCUUCCCGCAUCUGCUCCGAGCACAAUACUCUCGCCACCAUGACUCACGCCUAUCCCUUCCUGAGCACCGAGCAGAAGAAGGAGCUGAGCGACAUCGCUCAGAGGAUCGUGGCGGCCGGGAAAGGCAUCCUGGCGGCCGACGAGUCCACAGGCAGCAUGGCCAAGCGCUUCCAGGGCAUCAACACGGAGAACACGGAGGAGAACCGGCGGCUGUACCGCCAGCUCCUCUUCACCGCCGACCAGAGGGUGGACCCCUGCAUCGGGGGGGUCAUCUUCUUCCACGAGACGCUCUACCAGAAGACGGACGGCGGCAAGCCCUUCCCCCAGCUGGUGAAGGAGAGGGGCAUGGUGGUGGGCAUCAAGGUGGACAAGGGCGUCGUCCCCCUGGCCGGGACCAACGGAGAGACCACCACCCAGGGUCUGGACGGCCUCUACGAGCGCUGCGCUCAGUACAAGAAGGACGGCGCCGACUUCGCCAAGUGGCGCUGCAUGCUGAAGAUCACGCCCACCACCCCGUCCUCGCUCGCCAUCAUGGAGAACGCCAACGUGCUGGCUCGCUACGCCAGCAUCUGCCAGAUGCACGGCAUCGUGCCCAUCGUGGAGCCAGAGAUCCUCCCGGACGGAGACCACGACCUGCAGCGCUGCCAGUACAUCACUGAGAAGGUGCUGGCGGCCGUCUACAAGGCGCUGUCGGACCACCACGUGUACCUGGAGGGCACGCUGCUCAAGCCCAACAUGGUGACCGCCGGACACUCCUGCCCCAGGAAGUACAGCCCCCAGGAGGUGGCCCUGGCCACCGUCAGCGCCCUGCGGCGCACCGUGCCGCCCGCCGUGCCCGGCGUGACCUUCCUGUCCGGGGGUCAGAGCGAGGAGGAGGCCACCGUCAACCUCAACGCCAUCAACCAGUGUCCGCUGCACCGGCCCUGGGCGCUCACCUUCUCCUACGGCCGCGCGCUGCAGGCCUCCGCCCUCAAGGCCUGGGCGGGCAAGGCGGAGAACGGCAAGGCCUGCCAGGAGGAGUACAUCAAGAGAGCGCUGAACAACAGCCAGGCGGCGCAGGGGAAGUACCUGUCCUCCGGAGGCAGCGGAGCCGCAGCGCAGGAGUCCCUGUUCGUGGCCAACCACGCUUACUGAGCGCCCCCCCCACACACACACACACACACACACACACUUCACCCCAUUCCAGCCUCACUGCAGCACCUGAAUCGGUGUGUGUGUGUUUCAGGCACGUUAGCAUGCACAAAGUAGGAGUGGAAACACUGGACCAGAGAUUCUGAAGAUCUAAUAAACGAUCAAACACACGGA